AAAAUGUUAUGAGUGCGACGUAAACAUUAACACGACGUGGUUCACCAAAAUUUUGGCAGUAUGAACGGUUCCUUAGUCGCCUAGACUAUAUCUUUGAUCGCAAUCGCUGAAACACGCGUUCAUAAGGAAAGCAAACAACCUCUUCAGCUCAAGAGCAAGAGCUUAUACCUGUGAGGAAAAGUAAUCAUUCAAGAAAAAAAUGUAGUGCAGAAUAGCUUCAGCACAGAAAGAGGUGAAGCUCAUAUUGCUGUUUAGAGCAGCUUUAAAUUAUGCAGUGGGGAAUGUGUAACUGACUUACCAUGUCCUUUGUUGAAGAAUACUUCAGGUUCAUUCACACUCUAAACCAUCGCCUGGAUAACUUAACUCUCAAGUUAGGGAGUUCUAAUGGCAAGCAGCGUAUUCUGUACAAGGCAAUAUGGAAGAGUGACUACAGACAAGUCCAGAAGAUCUUGACUGCUGGCUAUAGUAAGAUUGAAAAUGAUAUGAAAGCACUGGAAAAAGCAGCUGCCAAAGGGGACUUGGGCAUUGUGCAAUUGCUAUUGGAUUAUGGAUGUAUCCCAAAAGAUCGAAAAUCUAAGGCCUUGGACCUGGCAGUGUUGAAGGGCCACACAGAUAUUGCUCUGUUGUUAAUAGAGUGGGGUGUUGAGUACAGGGGAAGAAACCAGUAUAAUGAGACCCUGCUCUAUGUAGCAGCUUGUGGAAAUCAUGUGGCUAUGAUCGAAAAACUGGUUCAACUUGGGUGUGAUAUGAAUGAGACAACCCGCACCUGGACCCCAUUGCAUGUCACAACCCAACGCAAUCACACAGAGUCUCUCCUAUGUUUGUUGCGGCAUGGGGCAGACCCCAAUGUGACCAAUGUGGACCAUCACACACCCUUAGAUAUGGCAGUGUGUCAGGAAAGUUUUGAAAAUGUUAGAUAUCUCCUAUUUGCUGGGGCCAAAGUAAAUAUUCAGCAUAUAUACAGCUUACCAGGGGUUCAACAGGUUUUUCAAAGAAACCCAGAGAUAUUAAUGCUUCUCAAUGAGAACAGUCGACAACCUCCACCUCUCAUAGAGCUUUGUAGAAUUGCCAUCCGCCAAGGCCUGGGCCAGCAGGUCAUGUUUGUAUUUCGGAGCCUUCCCCUACCAAAGAUUUUACAGCAGUAUAUUGCUAUGCUUGAUAUUCUUGUGAAACCAAAGGCUAGAUCAAGAGCAACGUCUUGUUAGAUAUGCUAGUGUUAACUCUUAAAUAUUUGAUGUCUUCGCUGCCAAAGAAAGUUUUUUGAAAUGGACAUAUUCAGUAACCAAAAAGUGUGAGCAAAAUGUAUUUGUAAUUUGAUAUUCAGUGACAGGAGGGCAGAGUGGAUGGUUGUUGCAACAUGUAUAAGGCGGACGUAAUACUGUGACACCAAAGCAAUGCCCAGAUCAGGUAAUGGUCAACCGCUGCAUAAUAAUUGUAUAAACUUGCACUUGUAAAUUUUUGCCAAAUCAUAGCAUGAGUUUAAUCAUUAUCAUACGUUACCAAAAAAAAUGUAAUUAAUUUUUUUUUAAACUACUGUGACUUAAAUACAGUGGCACUUUUUUAUUGUAAAUGUAAAUAGUACUUGCUGACUUACAGUAAAGAUGAAUUGCAAAGAGGUGGUGGUAGAUUAUUUUUAAAUAUAGUGGAUCCUUCACACACCCCAGAAAACAGUGUAGUGCUACAACCAUGGUGCACAGGCCAACAGUCCUCCAAAGUUGGACAAAAUCAGACUGUCUGUGGCUAUAUGGGCUUCCCACUCUUGAGUUGUAUUUACUUGUUUUCAUUCAAGCAUUUCAGAGAUUUUUAACACUGUUAACCCACAAAGACCAUGCAGGAAUACAGCUGUAUGAAACAGAUGGGGUCAUGUCAAUACUCCCAGGCACCUUUACUCCCUCGCACCGUUACUCCCCCACACCGAUACUCCCCGGCACCGAUUUUGUAUUAUGCGCAUCGAUACAACCCCAUAUCAAUAGAUCCAUGCACCGGUACAUCCCCGCACCGAUGCUUCCCGCACUGAUACUCCCCCUCAGUAUAUCUGUAAUUGUGGGGGAGUAUCGGUGCGGGGAAGUAUUGGUGAGGGCAGUAUCGGUGCAGGGACGUAUAGGGAUGUAACCAAACAGAUUGUCUGAAUCUAGUUACUAUAUUUUCAAACCACCAUUUUAUUACAAAGAUAUUCUAAAUAUAUCCAAGAAAAUGUAUUAACCAAUAAGUAAUUUAUACAAGUAGUAAUAUGAAUGUAAAGUCAAUGAAAACAUUUGGUUGAAGACAUCUUUAGUUCUGGAGCUCACAUUGACAAGUCAUAUUUUGUACAUAAAUAAGGACAUGUAUACCUAUGAUGGUGUAAUUCAGAUAUUGUGUUGCAUAUUGCAUAAUA